UCCUCUGAAUCAAAGCACUCACCACAAACACAAGAAAAAGAGAGAAAAAUGAAUUCUUUUAAUAGCUUUUUGCUGCUCUUGAUAACAUCAGCCUAUUGCAUUUUUGAAUCAGUUCAAGCUCAAGAUCAAUCAGAAUUUAUCAGCUUGGAUUGUGGGCUGGUCCCUAAAGACACAAUCUAUAGGGAGAAGUCGACGAAUAUAGUAUACAAAUCAGAUGCAAAUUACAUCGAAAGUGGAGUGGCUAGGAAGGUCAAUGCCGCAUACAUGACGUUGUCUCAGCGUCAGCGAAAGAUUUGGUCCUUAAGAAGCUUCCCUGAGGGUACAAGAAACUGUUACAACUUCAACCUCACAGCUAAACGCAGAUAUCUGAUCAGAGCAGACUUUGUUUAUGGGAACUAUGACGAUCGAAAUCAACUCCCAAGCUUUGAUCUUCACGUUGGUCCUAACAAAUGGACUUCUGUUUCAGUUCCUGGACUCAAAAAUAGUUCAUACCAUGAGAUGAUCCAUGUCUUAACACAAGACCCUCUCCAAGUUUGUCUUGUUAAGACAGGAGAAACGACACCUUUUAUUUCUUCCUUGCAACUUCGUCCGUUGCACAAUGAAACUUACGGCACGAAAAGUGGCUCGCUGGUCACGAUCUCAAGAGUUUACUUUUCACCCACUACACUGGUCGUCAGGUAA